UAAAAAAUCAAGGCCGAUAGCGCUCUAGUUCUUGGGCAAACUCCUCUUGGGCGAGAGAAUCACCGACAAAAUUCCAGUUUCGAAGGUACGAGAUAUCACUCCAACGCUCCCCUGGAUUGGAUUGGCGGGGCGCCAGUAGAAAUGUAGCUCGGGAAGGCCGCCGCGCGGCAUCCUCGAUCGAUUCCUCCACAAAAAUGGGGGCAAACUCUUCCAAUCCAUGCUGCUGCCGGGGAAGAUCCGUGCUCGAGGCCACGGUGCUAGCGCUGUGCGUGGGCCUGGCCGUCCUCCCCUUCGCCGCCAUUGGAUUCUUCUCCCGCCCGGCGCUGAUCUGGAAAAUGGAGCUCGUCUUUGGCAGCGAGAGGAUCUGGAGUAGCAGUGGUAGCAGCGGGUGGUAUGGCAGGAACACCCCGCAGCGCUCACGGAACUUGGCGGCCCCGGCAUUCGCAGAUCUUGCGAGGAGCAGUAACUUCAGUGUCAGGGAGCUCUUGCAUCUGGAUGCGCUCUUGAGCAAGGCCGCGUUUCGCAACAACACGGUGAUCAUCACCACCUCCAACCAGGCCUGGGCCGCCAAGGGAAACAUGUUGGAUAUGUUCUUGGACAGCUUCCGCAAGGGCGAGGGGAUCUCGUCGUUCCUGGAUCAUCUCCUCAUUGUCUCGCUCGACAAGAUCGCCCACGACCGCUGCGUCCGGAUCCACAAGCUCUGCUUCGUGCUCAAGACCGACGGCAUCGACUUCUCGGCCGAGAAGUUCUUCAUGAGCGACGACUACCUGAAGAUGAUGUGGAGGAGAGUCCAUUUCUUGGGCGUGGUUCUCCAGCUCGGCUACGACUUUGUCUUCUCGGACGCCGACAUCUUGUGGUUUCGAGAUCCUUUCAAGCACUUCCAUCCGGGAGCCGACUUUGAGAUAGCUUGCGAUCAGUUCUACGGCAGCGCAGUGGAUCUCCGGAACAAACCAAACGGCGGCUACGUCCAUGUCCGAUCGAACAACCGGACGGUGGCGUUCUACAAGUUUUGGCACGCUGCGCGGGUGUUGUUCCCGGGGAAGCACGAUCAGGACGUGCUCAACGCCGUCAAGUAUACGGAGGGGUUUUGGAGUUUGGGAUUGAAGAUGCGGUUCCUGACCACGCAGUUCUUCGGGGGGUUCUGCCAAGUGAGCAGGGACCUGGAGGAGGUGUGCACCAUGCACGCGAAUUGCUGCACGGGGCUCCAGCGCAAGAUCAAUGAUCUCAAGCUGGUGGUGGAGGACUGGGACGAGUUUGCGUCCAUGACUGCGCAAGAGAAGCAGUUCAAAAGGAUCUACUGGAGAGCCCCGCGGGAGUGCUUGCAUUCGUUUGGAUCAUAGUAGCAAUCGGGAAGAAAAAAACAACAAAACUAUACACUUUUAAAAAGUUGGUGAAAAAGGUAAAGUUUUUUAGGGUUCUUCCGAAAAAGACGGAAGGCCAAAUACAAAAAUAUCAAAGUAGAAUAUUCUUAAAGGGU